AUGCAGGCAAUGGAGGCCGUGGUUGUGCCUGCUCCUGGUGCAUGGGUGCACGAUGAAGAGAAGGAGGUUGAGAAGGAGGUGGAAGGGGUCGAGGAGGAGGAUAUGGGGAUUCUUGGGGGUUGGAGCUCCGGGGGAUCGGUGGGAGAAUCGGCGGGGGGGUUGUUGGGGGUUUGCAUGUUCAAUCAUUAUGGUCGGGUCUCCGACUUCGAUUCUCGCUGCCGCAACUGUCUGGAGUCGCUGCUCGAGGGCGGCUUUCCUGCCUGUCGAAGACAGGUCGAGAGCCGGGGGUCUUAUUUCAAAAGAUACUUUUGA